GGAUUACCAGACUCGACAACGUCCGUCAACCUGGUUCAUUCCUCGUUUUAAACUCGUCUUGACAAGCCUAAGAAACAACAAACAGCAUGUUUCUCCAGACAGCGCUUCUCCUCGCUGGGGUAUGUGCAGCCGGCAUACUCGACACCGCAGCAGCAUUAACUAAGGGCCACGACCUCUCCUCUGUCGCACUCAUGGAGACCAGCCAAGGCGCCAACUGGAUCUCUACUUCCGGCAACACGACUUCCAUUGAAUCCAUCCUAGGCGCUGGUGGAAUGGAUACUGUACGUCUCCGCCUUUGGACGGCCGGCGAUUACGAUCUAGACUAUACACUGGCGCUGGCUCAACGCUUCUCGAAAGCGGGAUAUAAGAUCUUCUUGGACUUGCAUUUCUCCGACACUUGGGCAGACCCAACGGACCAGGCUAUCCCUUCAUCAUGGGACGAUUCGUCGGUCACGACGUUGGCUGCUGAUCUGCAAGCAUACGUAAAGUCCACACUAAAGUCCUUCACAGACGGUGGUGUCGACCUUGAGAUCCUGUCACUGGGCAAUGAAAUAACCAAGGGAUUCCUCUUUCCAAUAGGCGAGAUCAAAGACGACUUUAGUAACUUUGCUACGUUGUGGAAGGCAGCCCGUCAAGGCGUGACCGACGCAGUUUCGGCCGGUACCAAACAACCAAAGGUGAUGAUUCAUCUCGACAAUGGCUGGAAGUAUGAGACCAUGUCGUGGUUUUUCAAGAGCCUAUUUGACGAAGGAACGGUGACUACAGACGACGUGGACGCGUUCGGCUUCUCGUUCUACCCGUACUACAACACGGAGGCGACGAUCGACGCUCUUACAUCAUCCCUAACUCAGCUGGCCAACACGUACAAGAAGCCGCUUUACAUUGCAGAGACUGACUGGCCGACGGAAUGCACAAAGGUCAAAUUGAGUGCGUCCUACCCAGUGAGCGCCAAGGGCCAGAGCGACUGGAUUGCUGCCACCAUUGACGUACUAACGGGCCUGCCCAACGGUUUGGGCGGUGGUAUUUUCUACUGGGAGCCCGCGUAUCUGUCCGUGGCGGGACUGGGUAGCUCGUGCGAGUCGGCUCUGCUCUUCAGCGUCAAGUGGGAAGACGGACCCAAGGCGUACGCCACCGCGCUCUCGUCGGUCAACAUGUUCAAGUGACCUAAAGGUUGAAGUCGAAGUUGUAAACUGCUUGGUGCGUCAGAUGUCCGGAGUUUUAUCUUGAUUUUUGUAAGCGGAAAGCCCUAUUCCCUGAAUACAGUUCAUCGAGCAGCUACAAGAAAAUUGUGGACAAGUUCCGAGUGUAUGGAUACCCUCAUAUUGCUCUUGAUCACGAGGAGCUCGUAGGUCUCCAUCGGUGCAGAUUACUGAUGGUGUCGUACCAGCUGCAAGGGUGGCAUGAGCUUA